AUGCUUGAAAGAUGGAUAUUACAAGAUGAAGAUGGAGAUUAUGAUGAUGAACUUGGUUUGUUUGAUGCUCCUAUUACUGAGAGAUUGAGUCAUAGAACAGAUCGAGGAGCAGGAUGGCGUCAUGUUCAACAACUUAUGUUUGAAUCUGAUCAGCAAUGUUACGACAUUCUUCGCAUGAAUCAGAGGACGUUUCAAGCUUUGUGCAAGAUGCUGGCUGAGCGAUAUGGAUUGAAAGAGACUCACAAUGUCUAUCUUGAGGAAUCUGUUGCGAUGUUUCUCAAGACUGUUAGUCAAGAUAAGACGGACCGGGAUAUUGCUGCAAGGUAUCAAAGAUCAUUGGAUACAGUGCAAAGGAAGCUUGAUGAUGUCUUGAGUGCUAUUCUCAAGUUUGCAGUGGAUACAUUAAGACCACAUGAAGGCGAGUUUAGAAGAGUAAGUCAUGUUUUGAGGAAUGAUGAUCGGUAUUGGCAUCAUUUCAGAGAUUGUAUCGGAGCACUUGAUGGAACGCAUGUCCCAGUUCGCCCUCCAAGUCAAAAUGUAGAAGCAUACAGAGGCAGGAAGCAAGAUCCUACAAUGAAUGUUCUUGCUAUAUGUAACUUUGAUAUGAAGUUCAUAUAUGCAUAUGUCGGUGUACCUUGUAGAGCACAUGAUACAAAGAUUUUGGCACAUGGCUUACCAUCUCUCUGUAUCUUGGAGAGUGUUACAAGUUCAAAGAUCAAGGGUUGGCCUUCGAAGUCUCCAAGAGAAUCAAUUUCAGAUGCUCAGAUUAUUCUUUAUUUGUUGGAUAUAUACAGGAAAUCAAACAAACAAUGGACUGGGUUUCAUCUAUCUAAUAUUUUUUGGGAGUUGAAAAUGAAUUUUGUCAAGAAAAUUGAAGAGGAGUACUGUUUCAUGAGUUUUGCUUCGAUUUUGUUGAAGAGACCUGCUUCAUGGCUCUCUCUUCUUGCUCCUCCGUUUCUUCACGUUCUUGGACUUCGCUUCUUACUCCUCCUCCUCACUUCAGCUGCUUUGUUCUUCUCCUCUUUUUUCUUCCCAAUCUCACUUCUUCCUUCUUCAAUCCAAUCAUCAAAACUACAUCAAAACGAAGACUGUGUUGCCACUGAAAAUAUCAUCGAAGAAAAAUCGGAGAAAAACUUCGAAAUAGCUAAUGGAAUGGAUGAAGAUGGUGCAAUCCCUGAUGAUGAGAGCCUUAUAGAGCUGUGUUUACCUAGUGGUCACUACGUUGGUCACCACAAUACAAGUAAUAAGAACAAUCUCUAUAUAAACAACAAAGUCCAAGAUGUUAGGCUCUUUGAUAUAUUCGCAGAGUUCAACGGUUUCAUCGAAGAAGAUAAUCUUAUCGAGAUCGAUAUCUCUAUCGGAUGCAUCAAGUAUUCAAGGUUUGAGAUCAAAGCUUGAUGUAUUUACACUCAAUGCUUUCUAUACUUUUUUUUCCUCGUGUGGGAAUUCGUAUAGUACUACAUUAUUA